AUGAGUGCUUCUAAGAUCUUACUUCUGAUCGGUGCGGGUCCCAGAGUUGGGGAUGGCGUGGCUCGCGCAUUUGUGGAGAAAGGGUACAAGGUUGCGCUCGCGUCCCGAACACAACGAAAUCCCGACACAGCCGAGCAAAUCCACUUCGAUGCCGAUGUAUCGAGCGCGGAAUCGGUAGUUGAUCUCUUCAGCAGAGUGAAGGAGAAGCUUGGAUCUCCUAGUGUGGUGGUAUACAAUGCUGCGUCGUUGACGUUUGCUAAAGCGAAUGACCCUCUGUCUAUUCCGCUGGCAGCCUUUGCUCGAGACCUCACCAUCAACACCACGAGCGUCUACGCCGCGGCACAUGAAGCGGUCAAGGUAUUUGAAGAGUUGCCAGAGGAAGCAUCCAAGACUUUUAUUUUCACGGGAAAUAGCUUGAACGAGAAGAUUUCUCCCCCGUUCAUCGAUCUUGGGAUGGGGAAGACGGCGACAGCGUAUGCUAUCAAGGCUGCUUCUACGGUAUACCAGGAGAAGGGAUAUAAGUUUUACUACGCCGAUGAGCGGAAGUCGGAUGGAUCGUCGGCCGGGCAAGAACUUCAUGGCGAUGCGCAUGGAAAGCUGUACGUUGAGCUCUCUGAAGGCAAGACGCAGGGACCGUGGCAACAGACGUUUGUGCCAGGAAAAGGGUAUCAGAAAUUCUAGAAAGAUAUCAGACCUCCAGCGACUGUGGCACCAGACUUCCCAGAAAUGAGUGGUUGUCUUCUCAAGAUAUGAUGCGCGCAUCAGUGAGAUUCGAUUGGCGUGUUGUCGUUCAAUUGGUUGUGCUGUUCCAGACACUUUCAAUUCGGAGCCACCCAACCCACAAUGGAACAUGGCCACCUGAUGUGGACUCGAUCUUCAUCUCU